ACUUCACAGACUCUUUCUCUGACUCUGUCACUCUCUUCUUCUUUCUUUUCCACGUUUCCAUCCCUUCUUUUUUAAUUCUAUAUUUUUCAGCUCUCAUCAAUUCCUCUCUUAAUUUAUGGACAAAGGAUGGGGUCUUGCUCUUGAUUCCUCUUCCUCCUUCCCAUUCUUCUCUUCACCCUCUGCUGCGCCUACGCCUAACCACAACAUGUUCAACACUUUCGGAUUUCCAGCCAACCUUAGCCGCACCGCCACUUCUCCCUCACCGCCCUCCCAUGAAAAUCGGACGGUCGUCGGUGAAGUCGACUUCUUCUCCGAUAGAAACGACUCAUCGCCUCAACAUGAACACAUCAACAUCAAGAAGGAGGUUUCUCCUCACCAUGGAACCCCUCCCGAGUUUGAUCUUCAUGUAAAUACUGGUUUGCAACUCCUUACUGCAAACGCUGGGAGCGAUCAAUCAACGGUGGAUGACGGGGCUUCAUCGGAUGCUGAAAAUAAACGUGCCAAGGUCACCGAGCUGGCACAAUUGCAAGAGGAACUUCGACGCAUAAAUGCUGAGAACCAAAAGCUAAAAGAGAUGCUCAGUCAGGUGAAUAGUAAUUACGAUAACUUGCAAAUGCGUUUUGCCAUGUUAAUGCAAGAGCAACAAAAUCAACGUACUAAGAACAUGGAGCAUGAGGUUGUUCAAGGAAAAGUUGAGGAGACAAACCAUGGGAUUAGCAGAGGAAUGUCUAGACAGUUCCUUGAGAUAGGACCUAGUAGUGGUAUAGGUGAAAUAGACGAUCAAGUAUCUAAUUCUUCUUCAGAUGAAAGAACUCGAUCAAGCACUCCUCAGGACAAUAAAAAUGAGAAGAAUAAGAAAGAGAUUGAUCCAGACACGGAAUCUCAAGGUUGGGACUCCAAUAAGCAUCACAAAUUAAACCCUUCCAACGCUAUCGAUCAAUCCACUCCGGAGGCCACUAUGAGAAAAGCUCGUGUCUCAGUCCGUGCCCGAUCAGAGGCAUCCAUGAUCAGUGAUGGGUGUCAAUGGCGAAAAUAUGGACAAAAAAUGGCUAAGGGAAACCCUUGUCCUCGAGCAUAUUACAGGUGCACUAUGGCAGUUGGUUGCCCAGUUCGCAAACAGGUUCAACGUUGUGCGGAAGACAGAACAAUUUUGAUAACAACUUACGAAGGGACUCAUAACCAUCCACUACCUCCUGCUGCUAUGGCCAUGGCAUCAACCACUGCAGCAGCUGCUAGCAUGUUGCUAUGUGGGUCAAUGUCCAGUGCGGAUGGAAUAACGAAUCCUAAUUUGUUGGCAAGAGCUAUUCUUCCUUGCUCUUCUAGCAUGGCAACGCUUUCAGCUUCAGCACCAUUCCCUACAGUGACACUGGACCUCACACACAACCCUAACACAUUGCAGUACCAAAAACCCCAGGUCCCAUUCCAGCUACCAUUCCCAUCGCAGCCUCAAAACACAGGGUCGGGACCCACACUAGCACUAUUACCGCAGGUGAUUGCACAGACACUCUAUAGCCAAUCCAAAUUCUCUGGUCUUCAAUUGUCUCAGGACGUGGGGUCUAAUUCUCAAACUCCAAGACCGUCGUCGCUCGCUGAAACGGUUAGUGCCACCAAUGCAGCCAUCACACCCGAUCCCAACUUUACUGCUGCACUUGCUUUUGCCAUCUCCUCCAUCGUUGGCGCCGCUCAUCCAAAUAACAAUAACAAUAACAAUAGUCCCAAUGUGAUCAACAGUGCUACAAUCAACAACUUUUUAGGAAACUAAAGUUCUUUGUUUUUGGUCAUAUAUUGUUUUUUUUUCCCUUUCAACGUGGGAAAGGGAGAAUGAAUUUGUGAAUGUUGAUAUUGCUAUUGUCCAUGUCAAUAUGUCAUGGUAGGGUCUAGAAUACAAUUUCUUCGUUAUUUCUUUGUUAUUUCGUCGAUCUUCAUUAAUUAGGAUUCAAAAUUUUUCAAAGUAAACAGACAAGAAAAAGAAUUUUAAGAGACUUUCGUACACUUUUUUUUAGUUUAUUUUGACAUUUUGUAUAUAGUAUAUUAAAAUAAUUUUUUUAAUUUACG